UCCGCUUUUCCGCCCUGAGCAACCACCCUUUAACACUUCCGGCGGUGCACCAGCCAAACACCGCCAGCCCGGAACUUCCGUUCUUCUAGCUGAACGCGGAAAACGGAGGCUCGGAACUGCUGCGUGAAGCUUGCUCUUCACUCGGCGGUUUUAAAGGGUUACCCUUUCCUGUCGUGGCCUGCGUGGUGUCGGCUCGUGGAUCUCAGAGACCCGAAAACUAAGAGCAUUUUUACGUCCCUGGGGCCGCUCCUGGCAGCUCUGCGGCCAUCACCAUGCCACAGAACGAAUACAUUGAAUUACAUCGUAAACGCUAUGGAUACCGUUUGGAUUACCAUGAGAAAAAGAGAAAGAAGGAAAGCCGAGAAGCUCAUGAACGUUCAAAGAAGGCAAAGAAAAUGAUUGGUCUGAAAGCUAAGCUUUACCAUAAACAGCGCCACGCUGAGAAAAUACAAAUGAAAAAGACUAUCAAGAUGCAUGAAAAGAGAAACACCAAACAGAAGAAUGAUGAGAAGACUCCACAGGGAGCAGUACCUGCCUAUCUGCUGGACAGAGAAGGACAAUCUCGAGCUAAAGUACUUUCCAAUAUGAUUAAACAGAAACGAAAAGAGAAGGCGGGAAAAUGGGAAGUCCCUCUGCCUAAAGUCCGUGCCCAGGGAGAAACAGAAGUAUUAAAAGUUAUUCGAACAGGAAAGAGAAAGAAGAAGGCAUGGAAGAGGAUGGUUACUAAAGUCUGCUUUGUUGGAGAUGGCUUUACAAGAAAACCACCUAAAUAUGAAAGAUUCAUAAGGCCAAUGGGCUUGCGUUUCAAGAAAGCCCAUGUGACACAUCCUGAACUGAAAGCCACAUUUUGCCUACCGAUACUUGGUGUAAAGAAGAAUCCUUCAUCCCCACUGUAUACAACUUUGGGUGUUAUUACCAAAGGUACUGUCAUUGAGGUAAAUGUGAGCGAAUUGGGCCUUGUGACGCAAGGAGGCAAAGUUAUUUGGGGAAAGUAUGCCCAGGUUACGAACAAUCCUGAAAAUGAUGGAUGCAUAAAUGCAGUCUUACUGGUUUGACAGCAAUUUAAUAUAUAAGUAGAGGACUACACACCAAUUGGAAAAACUGCCAUUACUGUACUGUUUCUCAAUACUACCAAACAGCCAUACAUGUCUGCAAUCAAGAUUUACUGUAAACAUUAAAAUGGUCCCGUUGUAUAAAUGGUCUUUAUUUUGAAAUCUACUUAGACCCCCAUGUUAAUAAAACUGAUUGAAAAAAAGCAAAUAUACAAAUAUUCUACUUCAUCAAUAUCUGCAUUUAUGAGUGGGUAUACAGCAAUACAGAUUCCGCAUUUCCUGGAAAACCACCAGUGUCAGUUGAAAAUGCCUUUCAAAAAGGUCAGUGCACACUUAAUUAUGUGUGAACAUUUAACUGAAGUAUCUUCCACUUCAUUAAUCGUAAAAAAAAAAUGUAGCAAUACAUGAUGUUAAGUUUAUAGUGUUUACACUAAAAGUAUGUGAGAAGACAUACUAAAUGUUCAGAACUCUCAGAGAAAUCUUUUUACCUGUGAAAUCCUUAAUUUCUGAGUACUGCUAGCAAAGGUCUAGUGAAUUCAUGUUCUAAACCUUUGUCUCAUUUACCAUAUAAUGUAUCUACUUGGCACUAUUUUCUACUUGAAUCAUGAAAAUAAAAAAAAUAUAUUAAAGUCUUUGUACUUCCUUAGCAUUUUCUGUAUUCUAAACAAUGUAUUUAUACUUUCAGAAUUGUAUUAACAAUUAGUUAAGUAACUCCUGCUAACUUUUAAAAGGAAAAGAAGACUGCACUGAUUGUCUGAGGAGAAAUUUAUUUGCAGUUACUUAGAUGAUGUAAAAAGGUAAGGUUUUAGGGUUGUAACUUAGUGAAACCACUGCUGUGAUAUGUUGUGGCUGUAAAUUAAUUUAUAAUCACCACAUUGUUUUAAGUUGUUUAUUUUUUUAAAGUCUGUCUUCAGAAUACAACCAAUGUGAUUAACUGUGCCUUUAACAAAGUCAUUCAAUGUCUAAACAAAUUCAGUAUCUGAAACAGCUUCAUGAGGAAAACAGAAGGAAAAGAAUUUCAAAACAUAGACCAGGAAACAAUCACAAAAUAUAGAUUUAAUUACUACUUUUAAACUUACUUAAAAAAAAAAAAAAAAAAAAAAAAAAACUACCAAGAAAACAAAGUACUUCAGUAAGACUUGCUACUCUGACUAAUGUAACAUUUUUUUCUAAGUUCUAUAAAUACACUAGAAGUUUUAGAACACAUACAGACAUUUAGGAAAAGAAAGGCUAGUUCCUUGGAAAUGAUGAUCCAGGAUGAUACAAUCACCUGAUGAGAGAAGCUAAGCCUUUCUUACAAUUAGAUUUUAGCAAAUAAUUUUGCCACUAAUAUAAAUGGGUGAUGUAUGGAUCACAACUUCUUGAAGGUGGGGAAAAAAAAAAAUGACUCCAGGUAAUUUCUGAAUACUACAAAAAUGAAAUUUGCUUGUUUUUUUAGAAGCAAAAAUAAAUUAUUUUGUAAAGUACAAAGAAAGCUUGAUAUUGAGUAUGAAAACAAAAGCAUAACACUUGUAACUAAUCACACCCAUGAAACACUAGAUGACACCUGAAACAUCAUAUUGCUAACUAAUGGACAUACAAGGCAGAAACUUGUUUCCAAAAUACUGUAACACAGAUGAGUAAUAUUAGUAUAAAUUCUUUAUUUACAUUAAGAUCUGUUUCAGUUUGCUGGUGUGACCAAACCUUAGAAAGUAAUCCCAAGGGAUAAAGCAGAACAUAAGAGCAGAUAUUUAGAUAUUACAGGUUCAAUUUGACGCAGUCAUAAAAACCUUCAAGAUUUCUAGUCACUGAAACCAUUGUAGGUAGUGUUCUGGAGUCUGCUAAAAGUAAAUAUUCAACGACUAGAUGUUUUCCUUACCAUCUACACUGAAUGGAAAUACCAUGAAUAUAGACACAUUUUAAGUAGAAGACUGACAUUUUAAAUCAUGCUAUUUGAUUUUAUAAAAAAUCAUAAUAGACCCUCUCACCUUUAAAAGUUGUAGAGGAGCUUUAUAAUAAAUUCUUAAAUAUACUAAUUUCUGUGAUGUCUAGCAAUUGAAUAAUUUAAACUUGAAAGAACUAAAAUAUUGCUAAUAACCAUCUGCUUUAUAUUACACAAGGAAAUAUACACAUAUAUACACAAAAAGUGAACUCCCUUCACAAACAAGUUCACAAAGGACUAUGUAUAAUGUGACUGGACAUUCAACAACUAGGCUAGCUGGUUGAAAUCACAUUUUCAGUCCUCUGUAAUUGAAGUUUUUUCUGAUGCCUUGCAAAAACUACAAAUAACUGAUUUAAGUUCAUGUAGAUUCCUUAUUGAAGAUAAACUGUUAUAAACUCUAUACUCAAGUUACUGAACAUGAGUUAGGUUUUUCCAUGUGAUCUAACUUUUCCCUCUAUAAUCUAUAAACCCCAAAAUAACAUUUUCUGUCAGAGAUCAUCUGUAACAUAAGUUUUCCUGUGUGCUGAACAAAAAACUUCUAAAUUGCCUACAAUUCACUAUUUAAUCCAAACAAGUAUAACAAGAAGAAAUUUAUACUGUUAGUUCCCAGUGGUCAUGUAUGAUUAAACAUUUUUUUGUAAACUCAACUAUAUUCACACAUCAAGAGUUGACCCAGUGAGCUCAAUCUUUAAAAAAGUACACCUGUUUAAAGAAAGUCUUUUGGUGCUCACUUCAGCAGCACAUAUACUAAAAUUGGAAUAAUACAGGGAAAAUUAGCAUGGACCCUGUGCAAGGAUGACACACAGAUUCAUGAAGUGUUCCAUGUUUAAUUUGAAAAGAAAAUGUUUUAAACCCAAGCAAAAAUAAAAUAUCCAAAAGCGUUGUUUUUAAAUCUAAGAAAUGAAAACUGUAAGGGUUAAGAGUUUACUGAAUCUUAAAAGGACAUUUCCUUUUGUGAUACUGACAGGAAUUUCUCAUAAAAUGUAUAAAACAGCAUAAAUGUUUGGUAGAUUCACUAAUACCUUUUUUUUUUUUUUUACUUAAUAUUAGCGUUUGUUGAAGAAAAUGGCCAAAGUGCUUUAAUUUUCAUUUAGAAUGAAAUAACCUGGCUUACCGCUGACCAAUAACUAAAGAAAAUAUAGGGUAAUACAAGUGUUCAAAAUCUAACACAAAUAGGAGGGUUUACUGUUUUUACUGCUGAAAGAUUUUAACUCAACUAAUUAGACUGAAAAUCCCAACAUCUCAAAACAAAAUUUACUGGGUAUCAGCUUACUAUAUAUAAACUGAAUAAACUUUCAACAUCAAUCCUUAGCUACCUCAAAUAAUGACACAAAGUCGUGUUUCUUUCACAUAAGGAUCAAGAUCAAGCUAUUUUUAAAACAAUCUAAAUGGUCUCAAAAUAUUAUCCAACUUAAGGGCAAAUGUGAGUACAUGUAAUAGUUCCAAAGAGUAGAAUUGUUUUGAGAUUAUCUUUGGAUUCUAAGAGUUACCAUUUUGUUCAUUUUUAAAUAAAUU